CUAUGGGAUGCUGCUCCAAAAACUUCAAAAAAAGGAUACACUACCUUGUCUAGUAUGAAUCUAAUAUUUAUCUCUCAAAAUCAAACCCUCUCUGCAGCUUUACAAACCAACUUCAUUUCAAACAUGUUCACUAAUCAAACACCUCAAACACCUCAAGCUUUUCAAACUUUUCAAAAUUCUGAAGAUAAAAACUUACAAAGCAAUCAGAACUAA